AUGAUCCAUUUAAAAGCAAAUAAUCAUGAAUGGUUUGUAAUGCGUUAUUAUGCAGAAUUUCAUACAAUUUAUACAAAAUUGAAAGCAUUGGACGAUUGUAAAGGACUACAAUUACCAGGAAGCAAUCUAUUAAAUAUGUUUACAAAUCGACGUAAAGCUGUGUAUAAUUUUGUUAAAAAACUUGUAUCCACUGAUUUAUUGAUUAAAAAUAAAGAUGUACAACUAUUCCUUGAUCUUCAUAAAGCUAAAGAAUUAUCUAAUGUAACUCCAUGUCGAGGCAGAGAUUCAAAUCUAAUUGAUCUUGGACUAACAGAAGAUAAAAAAGCAUCAUUGGAUGAUUUUGAAAUUGUGAAAACUAUUGGUGAAGGAAAUUUUGGAAAGGUUUAUUUAGCUGUUUCACGUAAAACCAAUCAAGCAUUAGCAAUAAAAGUACUCAAAAAAGACGCAGUUAAACAACGUAAAGAAGUCGAUAAUGUGAUGUCUGAACGUAAUGUGUUAGUUAAAAGUCUAAAUCAUCCAUUUCUGUGUAAAUUACACUUUUCAUUUCAAAGUACAACUAAAUUAUACUUUGUUUUGGAUUAUAUCAAUGGUGGGGAGUUAUUUUAUCAUAUUCAACGUGAACGAAUGUUUACUGAGACACGAGCACGAUUUUAUGCAGCACAAAUCGCAUCUGCUCUAGGCUAUUUACAUUCAGAGAAUAUAAUUUAUCGGCAUAUCAUUAAUAAACAACAGUAUUUAGCGCCAGAAAUUUUACGUAAACAACCAUAUGAUUUCGCAGUUGACUGGUGGUGUCUAGGCUGUGUUAUUUAUGAAAUGUUACAUGGUUUACCUCCAUUCUAUUCAGAGAAUCGUGCCCAUAUGUAUCGAUAUAUAUUGGAAAGACCAUUGAAAACACGUAAUGCAAUUAGUUCAUCAACUCAAAAUAUUUUAUCUUGUUUACUUCAAAAAGAUAAAACUCAUCGACUUGGAAGUAAAAAUGAUUUUGAAGAAGUUAGCAAACAUCGAUUUUUCAAAGAUAUUGAUUGGAUAAAAUUGUUAGAGCGUAAAUUAACUGCACCAUUUUUGCCAUCAGUUACUUCAUCAAGUGAUACACGAAAUAUUUCACCGGAAUUCGUCAAUUCUGCUGUUCCAAAUUCCGUUAUAUGUUCUGUAAUGCGAGCAAGAAAUCUUCAUGGUAUAGAUGAAACGUUUUCUGGAUUUUCGUACAUCCCAACCAAAAAUACUUAUACUUCGUGAUAGUUGGACUGAACAUUAACUAAUUCUUACAUACUUAAUCUACCUCUAUGCCUAUCCUAUUUCAUUGCUUCCAUAUUGUGAUUACGGUUUGAUUUUCCAAUGUUAAUUGACCACCUUGUUUAAAUUUACUUCAAGUAACUGAUUUAAAUAUUGGAACUAAAUGUUAGAAUGACUUGUAUCAUUCAAUUACUUGACUUUGCUAAUUGAGAUAUUCUUGCACUUUAACAUUGGUAAACUUGUUGCUAUUUCUUGAUUUCACUAAUUGACCAACGAUUAUGCUAAUAAAUAUAAAUUCUC